AUGAACUCCGCCGAUGAGAAUUUCGAGCUGAGAGAAAUUCAACGACUCGAAGGUCACACCGAUAGGGUUUGGAGCGUAGCAUGGAAACCGGCAACUGGAGGCAACGGCGUUCCUGCAGUACUCGCAUCUUGUAGCGGAGACAAAACCGUCUGUAUUUGGGAACAAAGUCCCGCCACAGGCUCUUUCCAGCAAAAGGCAGUCUUGGAGGAGACACAUACUAGGACUGUUAGAUCGUGCAUGUGGUCGCCAUCUGGAAAAUUGUUGGCGACAGCAAGUUUUGAUGCCACCACUGCUAUCUGGGAAGAUGUUGGGGGUGAUUUUGAAUGCAUUUCCAAUUUAGAGGGUCAUGAAAAUGAAGUUAAAAGUGUUUCUUGGAAUGCAUCUGGCUCGCUUCUUGCAACUUGUGGACGAGACAAGUCAGUGUGGAUAUGGGAAUUAUUACCCCAUAAUGAAUUUGAUUGCGUUUCAGUGUUGCAGGGACACACUCAAGAUGUUAAAAUGGUCCAAUGGCAUCCCUCUAUGGAUAUUUUGUUUUCUUGUAGUUACGACAACACUAUUAAGGUCUGGGCAGAGGAUGGGGACAGUGAUGAUUGGCAUUGUGUUCAAACUUUAGGUGAAUCGAACAGUGGACACACAUCUACUGUCUGGGCUUUAUCUUUUAAUGCCAAUGGAGACAAAAUGGUUUCCUGUAGUGAUGAUCUUACCGUUAAGGUAUGGGGCUCUGACAUUAUGAGCACGCAUUCGGGAGAUGGAAAUGUAACUUGGGCACAUCUUUGUACUCUCUCUGGCUAUCACGAUCGGACAAUUUUUUCUGUCCAUUGGUCAAGGGAAGGGAUACUUGCCAGUGGAGCAGCUGCUGAUGCUAUCCGCUUAUUUGUUGAGAGUAUAGAUGGAUUGGUUGGUGAACCUUCAUACAAAUUGCUUUUGAAGAAAGAAAAGGCUCAUGACAUGGAUGUAAACUCUGUGCAGUGGAGUUCCACGGAAAAUUCACUUCUUGCCUCUGCAAGUGAUGAUGGAACAGUCAAGAUAUGGCAACUGACUUCAUCCUCCUGA